UUGGAGUGUGGGAGGAAACCAGAGCACCUGGACGAAAUCAGCAGAGAGAUGCAGAAACCAUCCAGACAGGGCUUCGAAGCCACGCACGUCCGAAGAGCCCAGGAGCUGUGAGAGCCCAGUGGUACCCGCUGCGCCACCCUGUUUCUUUCUGCGCAGUGAAUCGCAGGGACUGAGCUGCGUGUUCCGCUCAUCACUUGUCAUUUUUACUCUGUUUCACUAUCGCUUUCACCGCACGGCUCGCAGACUGCGGGCGGAUGGAAACGCCGCGGGUUUUAAACGUGUCUUUAAAUAUAAUAAUGAGAUGCCGGUGAGAAAUAUUAGUUGAAAAAAAUCCAGUUUCCUCAGCAGUAACGGGUCCCAUUGCUCUCAGUAGCAACACAGUGAAACAAAGUAAGAGCGCGGUAAAAGGCGCAGGAACACCCUGUGCAACUGAACGUACGCGACCACGCGCCGGCAGCGGAUGUUGCAGUGAGCGCGUGUGUCUGACGAGGAGUCGCGCUGCGCGUCCCCGAUGCGCGUGGGCAGGAACUCCCGAGACGGGCGCGGACGCGAACGCGGUCACGGUCACGGCGACGGUAACGGUAACCGCGGAGCCUCGAUGGGGGAGCGGAGCUGAGAACGAGCACGGGAUCGCACACGGGGGCGCGCUUCAAGGAGACAAAGCAGCGCGAGCUCCUUCCACAUCAUCAUCAUCAUCAUCAUCAUCAUGUUCUCCAGGAAGAGAAAAGACCUGAGCAAGACGCCGUCCGUCUCCAAGAAGAGCGCCUCGAGCAGCCCCGCGAGCGCCGGAGCCUCGCUGUCCGUGCUGCAGGAACAGCCCCGCAGGGAUGCCUCGGAGGGCCUCGCUUCAUCCCCCAGCUCCUGCAGCCUCCUGGAUGCCGCAAGCUCCGCCUCCCCCUGCCCCAGCACCCCCGGGGGUGUCCACAGCAAGCUGGCGAGCUGCCCGUCCCCGGUGGCCACGCUGAAGAGGCCCACGGCGUUGAGUCGCCACGCCAGCGCGGCCGGAUUCUCCCUGCAGGCCGCCGGCACCUGGGCUUUCGGCAAGGGCCACGGCAGGAGUCCCGCCGCACAGAGCCCCACCCUGGAGAGCGCCGAGGGCGCCGCCAUCGAAGUGGAGGACAUCCCGGCGCUGCUGAGGGACGUGGCGCGUUUCGCCGAGGCCGUGGAGAAGUUGAAGGAGGCGGUGGUGGGAGAAGACAAGCAGGAGUCCCGGCGCCAGGUGGCCCACGAGAUCUUGGGGGAGGUGCUGCGGAACCUGCGACAGAUCAUCAACACGUACCCCCUGCUAAACACGGUGGAGACGCUCACGGCGGCCGGGACCCUCAUCUCCAAGGUCAAAGGGUUCCACUAUGAGGGCAGCAGUGAGAGCGACAGGAAGGACUUUGAGAAGGCCAUCGAGAGCAUUGCCGUGGCCUUCAGCAGCAGUGUGUCCGAGCUGCUCAUGGGUGAAGUGGACAGCAGCACUUUACUGGCCCUGCCGCCCACCGAGAAGAGCAGGUCCAUGGAGAACCUGUACAGCAUGCAGCAGGCCGGCCAGGGAGUGGAUGCAGCACUGACCAAAAGUGACCAAACGGAUUUCGCCCUGAGCGCCGAGGAGGUGGACGUCAUCCUGCAGCGCAGCGAGGGCGGCGUUGACUCGGCGCUCACCUACGCCAAGAGCUUCUCCAAGUACCUGAAGGACGUGAUCAGCUACGUGGAGAAGAGGGUCGCUCUCGAGGUGGAGUUCGCCAAAGGUCUGCAGAGGCUGUAUCACUCGUGCAAGCAGAGCCUCACACAGCCCCACAUGCCCUUUUUCUCCAUCUUCUCCCUGGCGCUGGAGCAGGACCACGAGCAGAGCACCGGCAUGCUGCAAACCACCAUCAUACAGCACAGCCAGACCUUCCUGCAGCCCCUGAUGCAGCGCAAGCAGGAGCACGAGAAAAGGCGCAAGGAGAUCAAGGAGCAGUGGCAGAGGGCACGCAGGAAGCUGAUGGAGGCCGAGACGAACCUGCGCAAGGCCAAGCAGGGGUACGUGGUGCGCUGCGAGGAGUACGACAAGGCCAGGGCUGUGGCCAGCAAGGCCGAGGAGGAGCAGGGCGGCAGCAGUGGCGGCGGCUCAGCCAAGACACUGGACAAGAAGAGACGGCUGGAGGAGGAGGCGCGCAACAAGGCUGAGGAGGCGGAGGCCACCUAUCGCACCUGCAUCGCCGAUGCCACCACGCAGCACCAGGAGCUGGAGGACGUCAAGGUGAACGUGCUGCGCCAGAUCCAGGAGCUCAUCAAGCAGAGCGACCAGAUCCUGCGCGCGAGCACCAUCUCCUACUACCAGAUCAUGCACGUGCAGACGGCCGUGCUGCCGGUCCACUACCAGACGCUGUGCGAGAGCAGCAAGCUGUACGAACCGGGCCAGCAGUACGGCGCUCACGUCAAGGAGCUGCAGAUGGCGGCGGAGCCCGAGGUGCACUACGCGUUCGAGGCCUACAGCCCCCCCUGCGGCCAGCCGACGCCGCGCACGCGCAACGACUCCUUCAACGCCGAGCGACAGAGCAGCGUGGAGACGCCGCUGAGCACCCCAGAGGGAGGCGCCACCGAUGCCAAGGCCAGGAGGGGUCGGACUCACCAGUUCCAUAAGUCUUGGCCCUCGACGGUGAGCGACACGGACAGCGUGGGCGGGGACGGUGGACUGGAUUCUCCGGCCACGAGCUCGGGUGACAUCAGCAAAAUGCCGAGGACCUCGUCGACGGGGACCAUGUCCUCCACGGAGGAGCUCAGUGAGAAGGACGGAAGUGUGGUGACGUUUGAGCGGAGUAUGAAUGGCAUCGAGCCCGAGAUCGCCGUCCCCACCGGCCCCUUCCGCAACGUGGGGCUGUCCAAGGCUGCGCAGACACACCGGCUGCGCAAACUGCGCACUCCGUCUAAGUGCCGCGAAUGUGACAGUUACGUGUACUUCCAGGGGGCCGAAUGUGAGGAGUGUUUCCUGGCCUGCCAUAAGAAGUGUCUCGAGUCACUUGCCAUCCAGUGUGGACACAAGAAGCUGCAGGGCCGUCUGCAGCUCUUCGGCAGGGAGUUCUCGCAGGCGUCCGCAGGAGCCCCGAACGGCGUGCCCUUCAUCGUCACCAAGUGCAUCCUGGAGAUUGAGAGGAGGGCGCUCAAGAUGAAGGGCAUCUACCGGGUGAACGGGGUGAAGACGCGGGUGGAGAAGCUGUGCCAGGCCUUCGAGAACGGCAAGGAGCUGGUGGAGCUCUCGCAGGCCUCACCCCAUGACAUCAGCAACGUGCUCAAGCUCUACCUGAGACAGCUCCCGGAGCCCAUCGUGCCCUUCCGCAUGUACAACGACCUGAUGGGCGCGGCCAAGGAGAGCCUGCGGGGGGAGGGCGAGAACGGCGAGGUGGGAAAAGGGCCCGAGCUGGUGGACCUGGGCGAGGCCACGGAGCCGGAGGUGCUGGCGCUCGUGUCCCGUCUGCGGGAGCUGCUGAAGGAGCUGCCCAGGGCCAACGUGGCCACGCUGAAGUACAUCGUGCGCCACCUGUGCAGGAUUGCCGAGUUGGAGCAGGACAACAAGAUGAGCCCAAACAACCUGGGCAUCGUGUUUGGACCCACGCUGAUGCGCCCGCGGCCCACGGGAGCCACGGUAUCGCUGUCCUCUCUGGUGGACUACCCCCACCAGGCGCGCAUCGUGGAGGCACUCAUCGUCUUCUACCGCCACAUCUUCAGGUGUGGCGAGGGCUCCUCCCAGAGGGACAGCCAGGACCUCAGCACAGUUGUGGUAAAAGAGGGUGCAAACGCGGGACCGCCGCCCGCCGCCGAGGAACACGGUCGGCCGCGAUCUGGGGAUCUGGCGCAGGAGUUCUGCGGAAACUCGCUGGGUUCCUCGGGGUCUCGCGAGCGGUCCCUGGGCUCAGACUCAGACCUGGAGGACACGGGGGCUGGGCCCCGAGACUCACCGUCCCGCCUGGCCAAGCAAGAGAGCGAGACGAGCACUGAAGACGACCUGCUGAGUCCCAGGACCAGCCUGGACCUAUCAGACCCCCCGCAGCCACGCCCCCCUAGCACUGAGCCCCCCCUGGACCCGGAGGUGAGGGAGGAGGAGCAGGUCUCCUCCUCGCAGGAGGAGCUUGGCACCACCCUGGACCCUUCGACACCAUGAUCCCUUGUCUUCAUCCUUGUACAGGAAAACCACGCGGAAACAUAGUAAAGAUUCAUGUGUGUUUUGACCGUGUGUAUUUUUACCAUGUGUAUUUUUACAGUGCUUUUUAUCAAUUGCCUCACUGGAAAUUCUGCAACGUAUUUAAGUGGACAUUUAAAGCUCAUCUGUAUGUGGUGUGUGUGCGCAGGGUAGCAGUCCUUUGUCUGAUUUCUGGGCCCACAAUUGAUUAUCACAGGUACUGAAAUGAUUUUGCUGCCAAGUUUGGUCCUCCUUCCUCCAGCGUAGGAGCUCACUGAGCCCGAAGUGACGGAGUACCAUCUGCCCAAAGUCCUGCUGCCUUUCUUUAGUUUUGUUUAGUUCAAGUGGGGGCGGAUGGAGCUCAGUGCCAGGCCCAACCCCUACAGCCCCACAGUGUACGCACUGGGCUGCAGAAAGGGACGUGUUCCCGUAGUCAAAAUAGUGUUUUGUGUUGGAAACUGGAAUUGUUCUGGACACUGGAGUUGCGCACGUUCACGUGUAGCUUUCGCGUGGAGGCUAAGAUGUGAUCAUGGGUGUUAUUAGUCUGGGUUCUACACCCCUGCGGUCUCAGGUUGCUUUAGCAUCUGGAGUGAAAGUCCAUCUGGGAGAGUGCUGGUGAACAGGACGUUUGCGUGUGUGUGUGAGCGUGACAGCCCUGAUGAUGGUUGUGUGCGUGCGUGCGUGCGCGCUGAAUACACGAGUGUUGAAGUUCAGACCCCGACUGAGUCGGUGAAGAAGUCUGAUUUAUAGAGAUUUUUUUUUUUAUUAUUUUAAAAAGCCAUUGUCAGUGGUUAUGAUUUUACUUGUUUUUACUAGGUUUACAGCUUCUAACAGCAUUUGAAAUGAAAAGUGCUCUGUGUGACAGAGGAAUUAUUUGUGUAAGUUAUAUUUUUGUUGAAUAAUAAAUGCAUUGAAUAUAGAUAGUUA